AUGGCCGUCUCUUUUGGCGUCAUGGAUUGGAUCAGUGGAGGAGUGAUUGCAGCCCUGAUCAUCCUGAACAUCUCCGUCGGCACAUGGACGGAGUGGGAGGCCGAGCGCAUUGUCGCCAACCUGGCGACCGUUGGCGCACCGGAGGCCGUCGUCCGCCGCUCUCAGGGCACAAUCACAAUCAAGGUCGACGAGGUCGUUCCUGGCGACAUUGUCCUGCUCAAGAAUGGCGACAUUGUGCCCGCCGAUGGUCGCAUUGUGGAGAACUCAAACCUCGAGGCCGAUGAGGCGUUCCUGACCGGCGAAUCUCUGCCGGUGCAGAAACAAGUCGAGCCCAUCGAGGAGGCCGACUGUCCCGUCGGCGACCGCAUCGAUAUGGUCUUCUCCGGCUCGACCGUGACCAAGGGCCGCGCCACAGUCGUCGUCACUGGGACUGGCAUGGCGACCGAAAUCGGCAAGAUCGCCACUGCGCUACAGUCCAAAGCCGAGCGCACCGAGACCGGCUGGGCGGCGAGGUGGCACUGGGUCAAGGUCAAGCUUGGGCUCGCGGAGACGUCCCCGCUUCAGUACAAGCUGAACUCGCUUGCAUUCUGCCUCCUGGCCGCAGCGAUUGUCACGGCUAUCGUAGUGCUCGCCACAACUGGAUUCAAGAACAUCCCCAAGUCCAUGGCGACGUACACUGUCGCCGCUGCCGUGUCCAUGCUUCCUGUGUCCAUGGUGGCAGUCGUCUCCCUGACGCUGGCGCAGGCAUCGGCCGCGCUGUCGCGCACCCACGUCCUCGUGCGCCGCAUGGAUGCCAUUGAGGCGCUGGCGGGCAUCGACAAUGUAUGUUCCGACAUGACGGGAACGCUCACCGUCGGUCGCAUGGUCGUGCGCAAAAUGUGGGCCCAGGGUCGGACGUUCGACUUCGAAACGGGGCAGGAUCCCUUCGAGCCGAAAGGCAGCGUGACGGAGGAGAAAGUUGUGGUGUCUCCUGGGGGCCAACUGCCGCACGAGCUGAAGAGUCUGGCGCUCUGCACCGCGCUUUGCAACCAGGCGACCAUCGAGCAGGGCGAGGCCGGAUGGACCGCUAAUGGUGAUCCCACCGAAACGGCGCUCCAGGUCGCGGCGCACAAGCUCGGUCUCGGCAAGCCGUCCCUGACUCCGGAAUACGUUCAGAUCGUGGAGCACCCCUUCGACUCGAGCGUGAAGCGCAUGUCGAUCGCGUAUGCCCAUGGCAACGACACUCUCUGUUUGCUCAAGGGCGCUGCUGAGCGUGUGCUUAAUUGCUGCACGACUUGGGGCGGACAGGAGCUCACGUCUGCGGAUCGUGACACGAUCAUGGACGAGGUCGAGAACCUUGCCAGCCAGGGCCUGCGCGUACUCGCGUUCGCGGAUCGGAUGGCGGAUCCAGGUGUGGAUGUGACGCAGCAGAGUCGCGAGGACUUUGAGUCUGCUCCAUGGAACUUCCUUGGCCUCGCUGGAAUCUAUGACCCGCCUCGUGCCGAGUCUGCCGACGCUGUCGCCGACUGUGCUGUAGCCAAGAUCAAGGUGCGCAUGCUCACCGGCGACCACCCGAGUACCGCCACUGCUAUCGCACUGCAGAUCGGCAUUCUCUCUCGUAACUACCCUCCCGGUGCAGUUAUGACAGGACAGCAGUUCGACGCCCUGACUACGUCCGAGAUUGAUGCCCUGCCUGACCUGCCUACCGUUGUCGCACGCUGCGCGCCAGAGACCAAGGUCCGAAUGGUCGACGCUUUGCAUAGGCGACACGAGACGACAGCCAUGACUGGCGACGGGGUCAACGACAGUCCAGCCCUGAAGCGCGCCGAUGUCGGUGUUGCGAUGGGCACAGGUUCCGACGUGGCGAAACAAGCUAGUCGCAUCGUCCUAACCGACGAUAACUUUGCCUCCAUCGUGCGCGCGAUUAGUAAGGGACGAAACGUAUUCAAGAACCUCGCCAAGUUCCUCCUCUACCUCCUCAGCGGGAACGUGGGCGAGCUUGUCGUGCUCAUCAUCGGUCUUGCGUUCCGCGACCGCAACAAUGAGAGCGUGUUCCCGCUGUCCCCCGUUGCUGCACUGUGGAUCAAUACUCUGACUGCUGGGCCGCCCGCCAUGGCCCUCGGCCUCGAGCCAAGCAGCAAGGACAGCAUGCGCCUUCCGCCCUCGGAGUAUCGGACGAUCUUCACGCGCGAGUUCCUCGCCGACCUCAUGUUCUACGGCUGGUUGAUGGGCGCCCAGGCACUGGUCAACUUCGUCAUUGUCGUCUACGGGUAUUUCCCGGGCAACCUCGGCGCGCACUGUAACGAGCAGGAGGCGGGGUGCGGUGAUGUCUUCCGUGCGCGGGCGACCUGCAUGGCGACACUGCAGAUGGUCAUGCUUCUGCACGCCUUCCAGUGCAAGCACGCAACGAGGUCUAUCUUCCGUAUUGACUUGAGGAACAAUCCGACCCUGCUCUGGUGCGUCGUGGUGCUGGUGCUGAGCACGUUCCCCGUCAUCUACAUCCCCGUCAUCAAUAACAAGGUCUUCCUCAUCGCGCCAAUCGAUUGGGAAUGGGGUAUCGUCUUCGGCCAGAUCUUUGUGUACGGCUUUGCUUCGGAGGCUUACAAGUGGGCGAAGCGCAAGUUCAUGCGGUGCCACCCGAAGCGAGACGCUGAGGAGGGAGCGGCGAGGGCGGCUAUGCGCGAGAUGGAGCAGGUCAACACGACCGGCACCACGGGAGCUGUGGAUAUGGACAAGACGGCGACCAAUAGCAGCAUGCCCACCACCCCGCUCGAGAAGAACUACUAG